AUGGCUCUCGAAGCUCUACUCGAGGACCUCUACUGGGGUGCCGAGGAUGCUCCAUGGCCAGACGAUGCCGUUAGACAUCAAUCACUACAGUUGGCCGAAGAGAUUUUCGAAGACUACACGCGCCUGCAUGAGAUUGUCAUUCGUCACGAGCCGAUCCUUCGCAAGCGUUGGGAGAAGAGGCCACAGGCCAGGCGACGCGAGCUAUUAUUGAGGUUAUGGCCGGACAUGCCCGAUUCGCAUCGUCCCGAUUUCGGUGGUAUUGCAGACCAAAAGCAGGUUCAUUUCCAGAAUUUUCAGUCCGGACUGCUGCCCGAUCGUAUCUUGUGGCCCUAUCUCAACCUCGAAGACCUCACUGAAGCAAAGGCUCUCUUGAUGCUUCUCAACUCGCGGAGCCGAAACUUACCCACCAUGUUUACUGCGACGGAGCAUGAACGCAGUGUCUUUCUGGAGUAUUACCUCGCUAAAGCGGUCUGUCUGCGACCGAAGCAUGAGUGUAUGGUGCUCGACAAAUGGGACAAAGACAAGUAUGGCACGGUUGUUUUCUUCUUGCGCUCACCUCAACCUCCUCCCCGCUUCUGCUACAAGCUCGACUCGAAGACAUGCAACGGGCUCUCCCAGAGAGAUUACGAGGAGCACCUCAAGGAAUUCAGAGAUGAACUGCGGCGGAACGUCACAGAGUCUGGGCUUUCGGACAAGGGACACAAUGUACUCCUGGGGUUCUUCAACCUGUACCUGCAGCGCAGGAUUCUAGAUUUUCUCGUUCACUUCUGCGAGGAAGUUCUCCACGAUCAUGCCCAAGCUUCGUUGACAGACGACCGGUUCGCGAUAGAACCCGAACCUCCUGCGUUGUUCGAGAACGAAGAGAUUUGA